CUACACCACUGCUCUACUGCCGCAGGACAUUGAUCUAAUGUGAUUGAUCUGCACAGAGCACAAUCGCGAUGUGCGUAACAUUACCUAGCAAGGUUUUAUGCAGAAACAAAAGACAGAGUGUAGGCAGCAUCUUUGUCUGGGAUUGCCAAGACAGGCUUUGUGAAGAUUACAGUAGUGCAAAGUGCACCUCGUCAAUCAUGUCUGUCUUAUUAUAUCAGACAGACAUGAUUGAUGUAGUUCGUCCCACGCGUGGGGAGACCUAUAAUAGGUAACUCUGCAUGUGAGAUGAACAAUGUAUGUCAUUGCUAUAGUCCUCUGAUAGCUUCUUGAUGUUUUGACAACAGCCAUUACCCUAUUAGACAGAACAAAUUGGUGGUACCACAUGAACCCAAAGGCUCCCUAGAUCCAGUCUUCCAAGUGAGAGACUCCUACCUUCAAUCACAUAUCUGUGGAGUCUGAAGCUGUCUCUGUGCAAUUAUGAUGUUGGCAGGCGAUCUACAACCGAAAACAGAGGAGUAAUGCUUUGGUGAUUUCAACUAUAAUAUAUAACUGCUGAUGCAUGUCCUAGAGUGUUGCACUUUGUUUGCUUUGACUGUUGACAGUGAAGGUAUCUGGUAGGUCUCCUACUCUUGUAGCUCAAAGAAGAAUUAUGUGCUUUUUCACUCAUCUUCUGCUGCUGUCUUCAUUAUGUGGUGUUGUGGUUGUGUCAGAGGAACAGAAACUGGAAGAUCUCAGGAACGUGGACAAGUGUAAUAUCUGCCGCUCGUUUGCUGCAGCUCUCCUGCUAGGACUGGACCGGGAUCUUCUCCCAAAUGAUAUGCAACCUUGGACAGUAAGUCGAUGCGAGCUCGAGCUAUACAGAGAAGGAAAGGAAAGUCUUGCGAUUUACUGCUCCGCCUUCAACGACCAGUACUACGACUCACUGCUUCCUCAAGCACAGAUGGGAGAAAGAUCUAAUGUGAUGUGUGAAAUACACUGUCACAGUCUGACAUCUAGUCUCCAAGGUUACGAUAACAACAACCAACCACAUCGCAGCUGGGCACAAACCACGGAUACCGAUGUGUCCCAGGGGUCGCAGUGCGAUAAAUGCAAAGGAGUUUUACAAAACCUGCAGCAGCUUCGGAGUUUAUUCGGAAUUCCUUCGAAAACUGUGGACCAAGCAGAAGAUCAUGAGUGUGACACCGUGUGCAAACCGUCCCCACCCACUAAUCCUGGAAACCCACUAUCACAGCUAGUAGCUCGUAUCAUGGAUCAACUUGCUGCAUCCUGAGUACGAGACAUGAAAGGUGGUACACUUGUUGGAACCGAUAAAUUUGGAAACGAAUACUACGAAAACAACGAUUACAUCAUCAUUGGAAGUGUUGUGGUUCUCGGAGUCAACUUGAGUGAUGCACAACUGACGCCCUCUCACAAGUGCACCAUCUGUCGAAACUUCGCCGAAGCCCUCUAUUACGCAAUUGACCGUAACACUCAUAGCAGUGAGAUGCAGACUGUGACAGUGAGCCGUUGCCAAGUGUUGCUUAGGCGAAAUGAACAACCGGAUGAUGACCCGAUUGACCUGGCUGCAUAUUGCUCUCCUUUCAAAGCUACAUACUUCAACGCUUUGCUGGAUGAUGCACAGGAAGGACGAAGUACAACCUACAUGUGUAAAUUCCUCUGCAGUGGUCUUGUCAGCCAGCAAUCCUACAGAUGGCAACAAAAUGCUCAGGAGUAUGAGAACCCAUUGACCGGAGCAGCAUAUCGAGAAAGUUCGGAGAAGCAGCCAGGGUACAAGUGCGACAUGUGCAGAGAUAUCGCAGGGAAACUCAUAACAAUGGUCCAGAGUUUCCAUGGAAACACAUACGUGAGUUAA